AGAAGGGUCUGAAAUCAUUCGACCUUUAACCUUACGAACUCGGGCUGUGAUUGGUCAGAGAUAAUCGUUCACCUUUCCUAUCGAGCUGGGGAGGGUGGCGAUGGGGCUGAGACAUUGCUAAAAACGCUUAUAUUGGUUAUUUUAGGCACCGACCAGAUCAGAGUACAGCCAUGGCAACGCUGCUGUGUAGGAGGAUGUGGAAGCAGUGCACUGUUGGGAGACGUCUGAUCAACACAGCUGUAUACAAUAGGAAUGUCAGACCACAUCAGACAAGCAGUACCUGCAUUCUGAUGGUUCCAACAUUGAAGGGAAAGCCAUCCGUGCCAACAGUGGGCAUCAAAUCUAACAUCCUGUCUGAGAUCCCAGUGAUAUCAUCAGAAAAGAGUGCACUUGUGGACAGUGUGAUUUCCAACAAAAGCCCAUCCCUCACUCCCCUAGAGUGUAAGCUAACACUUCAGUACUACCUUCCCAGCUCCCAGCCAGCUAUUUUCCCAGAAAUUACCAUAACAGAUCCUGCUGUUAAGACAGUGUAUGAACUUCCUGUUCAGAAACCAACAUCUGUGGAAGACAGACAGCCUACAGGGGUCCCAGAUUUCAUUGGAGACACCACCAAAGAUAAUGUCAUAGAGUGUAGGAAUGACCUGUUCCGUCGCAGGAAGAAGAUGAACAAGCAUAAGCUCAAGAAGCUCAAGAAGAGGAUGAAGUUUGUACUGAGGAGGAAACGUCUCAAGAAAAUUAAGAAAAAGGUUAUAAAGCUGAAAGAACGGGUUGAAAACCUGUACAGAAAGUUUGGUAUGACCCCUCCUGACAACAUAGAAGAGCAGUGUAACAAGGUGUACCCCACCAUCAGGUGUUGAGGAGGCAGGAAUAGAAGCUGCUUUAAUACUGGAUUUAAACUUGAAAAGAAGCUGACUAAACCUAAAUGUCAAACUGAAUCAAUAGUACCAACAGAUAAAAAACUGUAAGUGUUCAUUAAGACAUUAUCAUGAUAUUUACACAUAGGUGUUGAAUCAUGAUCGUCUUGCUAGUACCAUGUUCAUUUGGGUACUUGUACUUCCAUGCUUAAAGAUGCAUUAUUAAGGAUGCAUGACAAUAUUGAAAAUGCAUUCUGCAAGAGACUUUGUCAUCAAGGAGAGUAGAAGUAUUUCUGGUACAUGCUCAUAUAGAAUUACUUAAACCUUGCUUUUUGGCAUCUUUGAUAGUUCUUUACUGAUAUAACAUGCAUAAUUUUGAGGAUUAAAGAAUUUUGAAAA